AUGUGCCCACUCAGGAGGAAGACAACUGUCGUUGAUGUUUGAACGAAGAGUAGUUCACUAUAACGAGCUGCUCAGUGAAAUAUAUGUUUACAGUUGUUAUCUACGGAUUAGUGGACCACUUCUCUGGAACAGUCAUGUGUCUUGUGGCGCGUGGACUGGACACAUUUGCAGCUAUUUUAAAAUAUAGGAAUCCACAUGAGCUCUAAAAUGCUGCUGGUCUGGUGCAGGACAUUGCACAGGUUGCCAGUGUCGCUCUCAAGAGUGGUCUUCUCUCCGAUUGCCUCGUACAAUGUCACAGCUCCACUCCUCUACCCUGGGGACAAAAGCUCCAGCCACGUGGUGAGUAGACAACACAGACACAAGCCAGGACCUGAUGGACGGAGAGACCAUGAGAGGUCAGUCAAGGGUAAAGUGUGGAAGAAUGAAAUGCCAGUGAUGCAAGAUGCCAGUCUCUGGAAGGGAGGUGAUCAAAGAGUAUCAUCCGAGCUCAGGAAACUGUGUCUGGAGGAUUCUUCUGCAGAGAGGGAGAGGCCAGUGAAGCAGAGGUCAUUGCUGGACUCCAGAGCCGAGAGCUAUGAGGUUGUUUUCGGCAUUGCCCCCUGUCUCUUGGCUCUAACUCAGGGCAGGAGGAAGGCCAGGAAGCUGUUUGUAAAAGAUGGCGAGACCUCUCAAAGGGACUCUGUGGUAAAGGUGUGUGAGGAGGCUUUUCAGCGAGGAGUACAAGUCCAGAGGGUCAGCAAGAACGAGCUGGACAGGAUGUCUUCUGGGCGAGUACAUCAAGGAGUCUGUUUGCAUGCCAGUCCUCUUGACUUUCUCACCGAACACACAGACGUAAAAUCAAACGGGAAACGUAACCCCCUGUAUCUCGUCCUGGAGAGAAUUCAGGAUCCUAUGAAUCUUGGUGCCAUUCUGCGCUCUGCUUAUUUUCUAGGUGUGGACAGAGUCAUAAGCAGUCUUCACAACAGCUGUCCACUGUCUCCAGUGGUCAGCAAGGCCAGCUCAGGAGUCCUGGAAGUUCUUGGGGUGUAUGGAUGUGAAAACCUCAAAGAUAUGGUAAAGUUGAAGGUGAAACGGGGCUGGCAGGUGGUCGGCACAGUAGCAGCUGAUGCAGACGGAUCUGUGAUUCCUGUCACCCAGUGUUCUGACUUUCACAUGACCAAGCCCACGUUGUUGUUGAUGGGCGGUGAGGGGGAAGGAUUGUCUCAGGAGCUGCUCUCUCUGUGCCAAACGCUGCUCACCAUCCCGGCCGGCAGAGAUCUGUGUGCUGGUGUGGAGUCUCUGAAUGUGUCUGUGGCUACAGGCAUUCUGCUGCACUCUCUGCUCUCCUCCAACAGAUGAUCAACAACACUGAGAAAUAGACUAAUUAUGUGAACUAUUUGGUUUCUGGUUUCUUUGUGUAAUAAUGUAAGGUCUUGAGAAAAUCUAUGUUGUGAUUCGGCACUAAACAAAUAAAAUUUUAAUGCACACAGUAGUGACAGUUAUGUUGGUAAGUGAACAUAAUUUUGGGCACGUUGGAUUUGACUAAAUUCCCAUCUUUCUUGAACUAUAUUACAUUAUUAAGAUGUUAUGUUGAGUAAAAAAUAAAUCAAGUACCUAAAACCUUUGUGUCCUCUAACAAAAAUAUGCAAAAACACUGAGACUUAAUAGUUGUAUGCUGGUUUCAAAUUUCCUGAUUCUGUCUUCAGAAAAACAAUAUCGCUGAUUCAUUAUUUUUCUAAUUGUCAAUAAAUUUUAUGAAAAGACUAAGAUAAAA